AUGAUCGGGAGGACACGCGCGUUAAUUACACAAAAAAGUUUCUCUCUCAUCUGAGUUCAUAUUUUCUCUCACAUCCUCUCUCUCUUAACCCAAAAUAUGGCGAAAGGCGAGGGGGACAGCCCCUUAAAAUUUGAACUCAGGAGAGAGAGGGGGGACCUCCACCCUAAAAAUUUAACCUUUCCUCUUAAUUCUUUUGAGAGAGAUUGAUUUUCUUAAUUGAUGAGCUUUUCUAUUCCCUUUGAUCUUUGGAACAUAUCCAGAUAAAAACCCAUGUCUUCUGAUAAACAACCAGACUUCAAAAUCGAUCGAAGGGUCCAUAGCGUCGAUGAUCCUCAUAGAACAGGGACUGUAAAAUACGUAGGUCCCGUUCAUGGCUACUCUGGAUUCUGGGUUGGUUUGGAUUGGGACAAUGGAGAUGGUAAACACGACGGCUCUGUAAAUGGGGUUCGGUAUUUUCAAGCGAGAAGUGAGCAUUCUGGUUCUCUUGUGAGGCCUCAUGCUUUAAGCAAAGGAAUUUCUUUUGUUGAAGCUCUGGAUCGUAGGUAUAGAGCUGACAGCACAAAGGAAGAAGAAGAUGAAAUGUAUGUGCUUUCGACUAGCAAAAGGCGAGUCAACAUUGAACUUGUAGGCAAAAACAAAGUUCAAGAGAAGUUGCAGAAAUUUGAAGACAUGCACUGUGCAUCACUUGCCUGUUUGGGGGUCAGUUCCCCUGGAUCUCCACAUGCUAUUGGUGCUAUUGUACCAAAUCUUAGGGAGCUUGAUUUGACUGGUAGCUUACUUGGGGAUUGGCAGGAUGUGUGUGCCAUCUGUGAACAGUUACCGGUUCUUGAAGUUCUAAAUUUAAGCAACAAUCAAAUGUCACAUAAUGCCUUAGCCAUGCCUUUGCUUAAAAGCAUUCGCAUUUUGGUAUUGAACAACUGUGGAAUAACAUGGAAGCAGGUUGAAAUAUUGAAGCAUUCACUUCCUGCACUUGAGGAGCUUCAUUUGCUGUCAAAUCAAUUGGAGUCAAUCGAGCUCUCAACAGGCAAAAAGGUCCAAGGUUUUGAUUCUUUGAGGAUUUUAAACUUGGAAGAUAACUGUAUAAAUACAUGGGAUGCGGUUCUCAAGCUUUCCCAACUAAGAAGCUUGGAGCAGCUUCAUCUGAACAAGAACAGCUUAAAGGACAUAUAUUACCCUGAUUUUGUUUCAAUUGAUGAUUCAAUUUGUGCAUGCGAACCUCAAGACAGUAGUUUCAAGCCAUUUGAAAAUCUGGGUUGCCUUCUUCUAGGGGAUAACAAGAUCAAUGAUUUCUCAUCUGUGGAUUCGCUGAAUAAGUUCCCAAGUCUUGUGGACGUUCGGCUGUCUGGGAACCCAAUUGCUGAUCCAAGCAGUGGUGGUCUUCCUCGGUUUGUUUUGAUUGGACGUUUAGCUAAGAUUGCAGUGCUUAAUGGAAGUGAGGUAAGCCCACGUGAAAGAAAGGACUCUGAGAUUCGGUAUGUUCGUCUCGUGAUGUCUAAAAUGAAUAUCUUCGGUCAAGAGGAGAUUAGGUGGCUGCACCCUCGGUUUUUUGAGCUUAAGGACAGGCAUGGUAUUGAGUAUAUGGAUCGAUCAACUGGAAAUGCUGGCCUUCAGAAAAUGGCUUCCAGUCUUCUUUCAAUCACCUUUAAGUGCAUUGGGGCAUCCAUGGGGGAGCGACCAUCCAUAACAAAGAAAUUGCCAGCAACCACGACUGUUGGGAAGCUGAAGGCUUUGUGUGAGAGCUUCUUCAAGCUGAAAUCUAUGAAAUUAAAACUCUUUUUGCAAGAAGAGGUAUGGAUUUAAUUUAUACAGCUUUUUGAUCCUUGCCCAAAUACUUGUGAAUUUAAUGUCAAGUAGGCCAUUGAACUUGAUUUGGGGUUUAUUUGUAUACCCUAUUUUCUAGUUGUGUUGUUACUG